AUGGCCUCUCCCAAGCAGUCUCUUGACGAAAAGCCCGUCGCCGAGGUUUUGUACAACCCGAUUCCGGCCAGCCUCGUUGGGCUGACCGAGGAGGACAAACAUAUGAUUGAGCGUCGCCUCGUACGCAAGGUCGACCUCGUGCUGCUCCCCAUCGUGGGGAUAUUGUAUAUCCUGAACUACAUCGAUAGACAGAGCCUGGCUGUUGCCAAACUGCAGGGAAUAAUGGAGGAUCUCAACCUCAGUACGCAAGAGUUUGCGACUGCCGUGUCGAUCCUUUUUGUCGGUUACAUCCCUUUCCAGCUCCCUUCCAACCUGAUCAUUUCGCGGGUGUCACGCCCGGGACUCUACAUCUGCUCGGCUGUCGUCCUCUGGGGGAGCGUUAGCGCGUGUACAGCUGCUGUGCAAAGCUACUCGUCGCUCCUGGCUGUCCGUGUGCUACUCGGUGUCACAGAGGCCGUGUUCUUCUCGGGUAUUGUGUACUUUCUGAGUGCAUGGUAUACCAAGGCGGAGCUUGGCAAGCGCCUCGCCGCACUCUUCGUCGCGCAGCAACUUGGCAACGCAUUCGGUGGCCUGAUCGCUGCUGGUGUGCUCAAGCUCGACGGCGUGCAUGGUAUUCGCGGUUGGCGGUGGCUGUUCAUUGUCGAGGGCGUUGCCACUGUCGGUUGUGGUACCAUCGCAGCAUUCAUCCUCCCAGAGUACCCUCACAAUGCUCGCGUUCUCAACCAAGUCGAGCGCGACCUUGCGGUUUACCGCCUCGAGAUGGAGGCGGGUGCCUCUGAGGCCCAUGACAAUACUGGAACCUGGGCCGGCUUCACCAUGGCUCUCAAGGACCCCAAGAUUUACGUAUUCAUCUUCAUGCAGAUGAUGGCACAGGCUGCGGGUACGGUCACCAACUACUUCCCGUCGCUCGUGCAGACACUGGGUUACAACAAGACAAUCACCUUGGUCCUCACCGCACCCCCGUACAUCUUUGCUGGUUUCUUCUUCAUGGCCAUCACCUAUUUUAGCGACAAAACAGGCAAGAUCUACGUUUUCAUCAUGGGCUGCAUUGCGCUCUCGCUUGGCAUGUACAUCAUCCCCAUUGCGACACUCAACACUGGCGCUCGGUACUUUGCAAUGAUGCUCAUGCCUGCGGCAGCCGUCACACCGCAGAUCCUGUUGUUCAAGCUACUGAACCUCCACUGCCCGCGGCCCAUCGUCAAGCGCGCAGCCGGCGUCGCUCUCAUGAACUCGAUCGGCAACACUAGCAACAUCUGGGCAAGCUACCUUUACUAUGCGCCGCCGCACUACUACGCCGUGUUCGGGACCAUGUGUGCGGUCGUCGUCGUAUUCGCUAUCGUAAUUACCCUCUACGGCAUCUACGUCAAGCGCGAGAACCGCUUGCUCGAGGAGGGUGGCGAGGUUGCGCAGCGUGCAUGCAAGCACGGCAUCACGCAGGACCAGCUUGACCUCAACUGGCGUUAUGUGGGGUUCUAG